AACAAGCAUUACCAUUUUGGGUUUUCUGUCUAAUUCCACUCAUACGAGUUCAACAUGCCUGAAAAUCCUUCAGCAGACAAGCAGCAGGUGCUGCAGAUCCUGGAUCGUCUACAAAUGAAACUACAUGAAAAAGGAGACACUUCACAGAGUGAAAAAUUGACUAUUUUGCAUAACACACUCAGGAGCCCCCUUUUUAACCAGAUACUGACUCUUCAGCAGUCCAUCAAGCAACUGAAGGAACAGCUCAAUUACAUGCCUUCAGACCGUUCAGUAGACUUUGACUUUACUAGGAAAGGGGUACUAGUGUUUGCUGAUAAAUCAGUUGCUAAUGGAAACUUGUCAAAAUCAGCAACACCUAGAUUACCUCUUCUAGUUCCAGAUUUAGAAGUUAAUGAAUUUAAUGCAAUCAUCCAGCAGAUGGCAAAGGGCCGACAAACAGAGUAUAUAAAUAUAGAAAAACCAUCUAUUGGUGGUCUUGGAUUUAGUGUGGUUGCUCUUAAAAAUCAAAACUUUGGAGAAGUUGGUAUCUUUGUCAAGGAAGUCCAGCCAGGAAGUGUAGCUGACAGGGAUCAAAGAUUAAAAGAAAAUGACCACAUACUGGCCAUUAAUCACACCCCUUUGGAUCAGAACAUUUCCCAUCAGCAGGCGAUUGCGCUGCUCCAACAGUCCACAGGAUCUUUACAUCUGGUGGUUGCCAGGGAGCCAGUCCAAAGAAAUAGCAGAACCUCUGCUGUCUUAAGUGACAUAAAUCCACCAGAGACUAUUCACUGGGGCUGUGUUGAAGAUGUCGAGCUGAUUAAUGAUGGCUCAGGAUUGGGUUUUGGAAUUGUGGGAGGAAAAUCAAAUGGUGUAGUUGUAAGGACUAUUGUUCCUGGGGGAUUAGCAGAUCGGGAUGGGCGACUCAAAACAGGAGAUCACAUCCUACAGAUUGGAGGAACCAAUGUACAAGGAAUGACCAGUGAACAAGUUGCUCAAGUGUUGAGAAACUGUGGGAAUUCUGUAAGCAUGGUGGUUGCAAGAGAUCCAGUAUGUGAAGUUACUGUGACUCCACCAACUCCUGUGAGCUUGCCUGUUGGUGCAUUGCCCUCAUUUCAGAGCAGAGGUGAUAAUGCCACCCUUUUUGACACCUAUGAUGUGGAACUUAUAAAAAAGAAUGGACAAAGCUUGGGUAUAACUAUUGUUGGAUAUGCUGGAACAGCUGAUCUUGAUUCCUCUGGGAUUUUUGUGAAAAAUAUAAUACCUGGCAGUGCUGCAGAACACAGUGGAUGUAUACAAGUGCAUGACAAAAUUGUUGCUGUUGAUGGAAUUAACAUUCAAGAUUAUACCAACCAACAAGUGGUGGAAGCAUUGCGUAAUACUGGACAGGUCGUACGCCUUACAUUGCUUCGAAGGAAAACUCCUUCUGCUUCUUUCUUGACUGGAAAAUCUUUAGAUACAGUGCAACCAAAUAUGCCAGCCUUAAUAUUGUCUGGAGCUGUAGAGACUGAAACUAAGUUGGAUAGUGAUAAUGAGGAAGAUCAAGAGCAGAAAGAUAACUUUGAAAAUGAAAAGAAGCAAAGUCUGCAUAAAAUAGGAAGAAUCCCAGACACUUCAGAAAAUGAGUUGAAAUCCAAGUGGGAAAAACUGCUGGGACCUGAUUAUGAAGUCAUGGUUGUCAGUGUGGACAUGCCAAUUACAGAUGAUGCUGAGCUCCAGAAGUAUUCAAAGCUAUUGCCUAUCCACACUUUAAGAUUGGGAGUUGAACUUGAUACAUUCGAUGGACAUCAUUACAUAUCAUCAAUUGCUUCUGAUGGUCCAAUUGCUAUGCUUGGCCUCCUCCAGCUGGAAGAUGAACUUCUAGAGGUAAAUGGAGUCCAGCUUUAUGGAAAAUCCCGCCGUGAGGCAGUUUCUUUUCUUAAAGAAGUACCUCCUCCAUUCACUCUGGUUUGUUGUCGGCGCCUUUUUGAUGAUGGCAACGAGUCUUUUGUGGAUGAGCUCAGCACCAUUGAGGUUUCAUCUCCAGAACCAAAGACGAUACGUGAAGUAAACCUUAAUCCUGAGGAGGAGGAAGAUGGAGAAUUAGCAUUAUGGUCUCCUGAUGUGAAAGUCAUUGAGCUGGAGAAACACAGUAAAGGCUUAGGAUUCAGCAUUUUAGAUUAUCAGGAUCCCUUAGAUCCAACGCGAACCGCCAUUGUGAUCAGCUCUCUGGUAGCGGGUGGUGUAGCUGAACGUGGGGGUGAAUUGCUACCAGGAGACCGCCUGGUUUUUGUAAAUGAGAAAUAUUUGGACAACAGUACGCUAGCAGAGGCAGUAGAAGUGUUGAAAUCUGUGCCCCUGGGUAUGGUUCGCCUUGGCAUCUGCAAACCUUUGAUGGGAGAGAGCAAUGAAAAACAGAACACUUGCACUGUGGAUCCCAGCACUGUCAAAGGCAGCUAUGGAUCUCCAGCACCCAUGGAUGAUUUUCAUUCAUCAGUAAUACUUGAGGCACCACAGGGUUUUAGAGAUGAAACACCCUUUAAAGAAGAAGUUGUUGAUGAACCAGUUCUGGAUCUGAGGAGGUCCCUUCAGCUACCUCAGAAUGAAUCGGACAGUGAGAGAGAGUCCUGGGAAAUGCAUGAAUUUCUGAAGCCUGCAAUAGAAGAAGUUGGUGAAGAACAGGAAAUGUUAGUGGAUGAUGAGUAUGAUGUGGACUUGAACAUUUUUAGGUACAACUCAUCAUAUGUAAAGGAAACAACUCCACCUGUAGAGGAGAACCUGAGCCCUACAGGACAGUGGGUAAAGCUACUUGAGCCAACUGAAAUACAAGAAUUAAGUUCCACACUUGCCAUAAGUGCUAAUCAGACCCCACAGUAUCCGUAUGAUGAUGAGCAAAUGUAUGAAGAAAAUCUCAGUAGACAUUCACUGUCUUCUGGAGGCGCAGCAGAAAGCAGCAGUCAAAAAGGCAUGUUUGAUAUGGAAAUGACCAAGUCAGUAACAAAAGGGCUUCAUAAUGACUCAAAAAGAGCUGGGUUAGUUGAAGAGUUUGAAGCUACUGACAGGGAUGAGCUGAAGGUGGAGAGUUAUACUCUUACCAGGAACCAGGAACGUGGGAAAGCUUCUGUUGCUGCUCAGCCUAGAGCAGUGUUGUCCAGUGAAUUACCUGAGCGAGAAGAAGGAGAAGGAGAAGAAACCCCAAACUUCAGUCACUGGGGACCAGCCCGAACUGUUGAAAUCUGUAGAGAUCCUCAUGUGUCUCUUGGAAUCAGUAUUGUUGGUGGUCAAACUGUCAUAAAGCGUCUAAAGAAUGGCGAGGAACUUAAAGGCAUCUUUAUCAAACAAGUCUUGGAAGACAGUCCAGCUGGAAGAACAAAGGCCCUUAAAACAGGAGAUAAAAUACUUGAGGUGUCGGGAGUAGACUUACAAAAUGCCACGCAUGAGGAGGCAGUUGAAGCUAUCAAGAAUUCUGGGAAUCCUGUUGUUUUUGUUGUUCAGAGUUUGUGUAGCACUCCAAGAAUGGUUUCUUCAGUGCAACCUAAGAAAAAUAAAGUCCACAAAGACCAGGAAUCAGAAGGGGAAAACCAGAAUGAAAAGAGAAAUUGUGGGGCACCACCACCAAUGAAACUGCCACCUCCGUAUAAAGCACCCAAAACAUUCCAAGCAGAGGAGGAGGAGGAGGAGGAGGAAGAGGACGAUGCUUUUACAGAGCAGAAAAUCAGGCAAAGAUAUGCUGAUCUGCCAGGAGAAUUGCACAUUAUCGAGCUUGAAAAAGAUAAGAAUGGGCUUGGACUCAGCCUUGCUGGUAACAAGGACAGGUCUCGUAUGAGCAUCUUUGUGGUUGGCAUCAAUCCCAGUGGCCCCGCAGCGAGAGAUGGAAGAAUGCAUAUUGGUGAUGAACUUUUAGAGAUAAACAAUCAGAUAUUGUAUGGAAGAAGCCAUCAGAAUGCCUCUGCAAUAAUUAAGACCUCCCCAUCAAAGGUCAAGUUGGUUUUCAUUCGAAAUGAAGAUGCACUCAACCAGAUGGCUGUUACUCCUUUCCCAUUACAAUCCAGCUCCCAAUCUUCUUUUGAGGAUCACAGUGGCACUGAACCUGCAAGCAGUGAAGAAGAUACCAGCUCGGAAGUUGUCGUGAAAAGCUUGACUGAAGAUAAAUGCAUCAAAGUAGAUGUCAAAAACAAGGCUGACAAACAGGUGUUGAUGGUGAAUCAACAGGAGGUAGAAGAACCACUUCCAGGAAAUUUAAAACAAUCCAAGACUUCAGUAAAAGUGCCUAUUGGUUUACAUGAGAUAUCUCUGGUGCCAGCGCCUAUUUAUCUUCCUCCAGAAGCGGAGCUCACCAACCGAAGGAACCUGCCACCUCCGUUGCCAGUGGAUCCAGCAACAUGUCCCAUUGUUCCUGGGCAGGAGAUGACUAUAGAGAUAUCCAAGGGGCGAUCAGGCCUUGGUCUCAGCAUUGUGGGAGGAAAAGAUACUCCACUUGAUGCUAUAGUUAUUCAUGAAGUUUAUGAAGAAGGCGCAGCAGCUAGAGAUGGCCGACUUUGGGCUGGUGAUCAAAUUCUUGAGGUGAAUGGAAUUGAUUUGAGGAAUGCUAGUCACGAAGAAGCUAUCACAGCCUUGAGACAGACACCUCAGAAGGUACAACUGGUUGUUUAUAGGGAUGAAGCUCAGUAUAAGGAUGAAGAGAAUUUGGAGAUUUUCUAUAUAGAUCUACAAAAGAAAACCGGCCGAGGACUAGGGUUAAGCAUUGUUGGAAAACGAAAUGGAAGUGGAGUGUUUAUCUCUGACAUUGUUAAAGGAGGCGCUGCAGACCUUGAUGGGAGAUUAAUUCAAGGAGAUCAGAUCUUAUCUGUUAAUGGAGAGGAUAUGAGAAAUGCCUCGCAAGAGAUUGUUGCCACUAUACUCAAGUGUGCCCAAGGGCUGGUGCACCUAGAGAUUGGAAGACUGAGAGCUGGUUCUUGGAUAUCAUCGCGAAAAACCGCACAAAGCAAUCAGGUGAACCAGCAGAGCGUGUAUAGCCACUUCCAUCCUGCACUGGCUCCAGUCAUCUCCACCUUGCAGAAUUUUGUGAGCACCAAGAGGUCGUCAUCAGAUUCUUCCCAGAGAAAUUCAGUAGGAGCAGAUAUGGGUCCAAGGACUGUAGAGAUAACAAGGGGACUAAAUGAUGCCCUUGGUAUCAGUAUAGCAGGAGGGAAGGGAAGCCCAUUAGGAGAUACACCAAUCUUUAUUGCCAUGAUUCAAGCUAGUGGAGUAGCAGCACGUACACAAAAGCUCAAAGUUGGAGAUCGGAUUGUAAGCAUUAAUGGGCAACCUUUGGAUGGGCUGUCUCACGCAGAUGCUGUUAAUCUACUAAAGAAUGCUUAUGGGAGCAUUAUCCUGCAGGUUGUAGCAGAUACCAAUAUCAGUGCCAUAGCCAGUCAGCUGGAGAGCAUGUCUGCUGGAUGUAACCUUAACACCCCUUCUGACCACCACUCAGAAGAUUCAGAAGCACCUCAGCCUAAGAUUAUUACUUUGGAGAAAGGCUCAGACGGACUGGGUUUUAGUAUUGUAGGGGGGUAUGGAAGUCCCCAUGGAGACCUGCCCAUUUAUGUCAAGACUAUAUUUGCCAAGGGAGCAGCUGCAGAUGAUGGCAGAUUGAAGCGUGGCGAUCAAAUUUUAGCAGUUAAUGGAGAAGCUCUGGAAGGUGUUACUCAUGAACAAGCUGUAGCUAUUCUGAAACGCCAGAAAGGAACUGUAACAUUAACAGUGUUAUCAUGAAUCUCAUUGAACUUGCAGAGAUGAAUGCAAUUAUUUUAGAACAUUGGUAGAGCUGCUGUAAUAAUGUACAGUCCUGAGUGAGAUGAAAAGCAAACUUCAGCUAAGAUUAUCAUAUUUGUAUCCCAUUGCCUGAAUGGGUUGUAUAUAGCUAUGGUUUCAUUUAGUCUUAUAAAUGAAGCGUACUGGUCAGUAAUUUUUUUUCCUAUUACUUCUCAGAUAUCUUGUCACUUCUGUUUUCUCUCAACAAGGUUAACUUAGAAAACUUUAAUAAGUAUCAUACUUACAAAAAUAUCAGUCUAUCCCAGACCAAUCCCUAGUAUAACUGCAGAAGCUGGAAUUAACAACCAACACACAAAAGAGAAUUUAGAAUAUUGUUUGAUCUCAUCUGAUGAGCAGAAAUAAAUGCUAAGUGACUUGUCAUCUCGCUCAUGAUUUACUUAUGCUAAUUGUCCCUUCAAGUAUGCCAGAAAACAUUAGCAAUGUAAUUAAAUUACCACUGUUCCAAAUGAUGAAAUAUCAAAUUCUCCUCUGGGAAAUUAUUUGUGCUCUGCACAGUAAGUCUGAUAGUCAAAUGCUAAGUUCUCAUAGCUAUCUCUCUGGAUAGGUCUAGGGAAGUUAGUCAGUGAUAAUUAAGAUGAUAUGUCAAUUUGAAGCCUUUAACUUUGGGGGAAAACUGGAGGAAAACUGUCUUUUUCCAUCUUUUAGAAUCUCUCUCCAAGUCUUUUACUAUAUUCAUGCAAAGUGAGCAACAUGUUUUAUUCUGUUCUAAUUAAAUGUUUAUAGAGCAAGAGCUGUUUGGGCUGAGAUGUUCUGUUACAGUGCAGCUGUAAUUGUGCUGAGUUGCAGCACUAGUGUCCAUAAUUUUAAUUGUACAAAGGCCAAAGUUUGACUCAAUAAUGUGAUAUUCUAAUUCAGCGGGCAUGAAAGCUAGUGAGUUAUCAUCCCCCUGCACUGUGAUUCCCAGCAGCACUGAGGACUAAAUGAAGGCAGCCUGAACCAGUGAACCAUUUGCAAGCUUCCAGCAGCCCGCAUGGUGUCAGCUUGUGUGAGAAGGAACCUUUGCUUUAUCCUAAAGGACAGUUCUUCAUCCAGCAAGCCUGUACUUCAGAUUGCUAAAGUCUGUUUUUGUACAAUGCCACUUAGUGAUUUAGCAAGUGAACUGGGCAAGCAGAUUAGUGGUAAUUCAAGCUGUUGUAGUUUAAUUGCUCUAACUGCAUGAAUACUGAUGACAUGCAGAAAGCAGCUCAGUGUAAUAUAGAUAUAAUUUAUGAUGAAGCAGCAAGGAAAGUGAAUCUGGAAAAAAGAGGGAGACUAUUGAAAUCAGCCAGUUUUGUGGGAAAUAAUUUCUCCAUGAAUGGAAUUCUGCUGGCACGCAGCGUUUUAAGUAACACUAGUAAAAGGUUUGUGUUAUAAGUAUGGUUUAACUGGAACGUGUAUUCUUGUGAUUGUAUAAAGAAAAGUAUAAGGAAUAGAUAAAGUAAGCAAGAUGUGAUCAGUUGUCAUUGAAAAUAUUUUCCUUAUUUCCUUUAAAAUGAUAUCUAACUAUUUGGUAAUCACUAAGUGCAUUAACCUGUUGGAAUAUUAUGUGGGUAUUCCAUAAAUAGUGCCUGAAAGAGACCUAUGUUUUGAAAUGGAUUUUCAUUGGGUUGGUUGAUUUGUUAAUGUGAAAUGUUAGUGAAAUCUUAUUUAUAAAACGCACAAAAAUUUGUCCAGCUAUACCAAUUUGGGGAAUUUUUAACAAGUUGUCUUUGAUUUCCAUGUUAUACAAAAGUUACACAUACUUAGAUGAAUCUUGAAGAGGUAUCUUGAUAAUAUAUUAUUUAAGUUGUAACCUAAAUCUAAAGAAUAUUCUGUCUGUCAUCAAAAAUCCAUUAAAUGCAUUCUUUUUAAAUAUUGCAACACAUAAUUAAGUUUUACAUGACCAUUUUUCAUGCUCUUAUGCACAUACUGUUGAUAUAAAAAUUUAGACUUUAUGGGCUGAGAUAUUUGCACUUCUCAUUGCUCAGAUUGGAGAUAACACUAUUGCUUCAUGUAAUUUGCACUUUUUCUCUGUGUUAAGUAUGUUACUGCCAAAAAUUGCAUUGCAUUGCAACUAAUUGAUAAACCAGUGACCAUGUGGAAAAGCAAGUGCUGUAUAUAAAGGACCAAGUUACAUAAUCAAAUUUGCAUUGCGCUUGUCUGGGUCUAGGUGUUCUGGUUUGUUUAAAACUUUAUCUGUCUCUGUGCAAGGGCAAAAAGCAAUGAAACAAAUUGACUGUAUGUUUAUGUAUAUCAGUAAAAUAAGAUGUUUUAUGACUUCCAAAGAUUCUAAUUAAAGUUCAAU